GAAAGCAAUCAAAGCUGUGUCACUAUCCAGUUCGCUUUUAAUUUAUGCAGAGAAGGAACCGGAAAUACGUAGUCUGUUGUAUCCGCACACAUCCGCAGCACACUUGUGUAUGUAUUAAUGGAUGUUUAAGCGGUUUCUGCAUACGUUGCAAGACGGCCUGGCUCGUAGGUCCAGUGCCUGUCCGCAAGCCGCAGGAGGGUGAGUUUGGGUGAGCCUCAAAACGGAGCCGCCAGCAACAUUCGUGCAACAAUGAGCUCGGGACAGCCGAGCGACAGCGAGGAGCCGCGCGCAGAUCCGCUGCGCGAGGAGGAGAGCGAUGAAGACAGGUGCUCCAACAGAACAUCCUCUCCGCGGGCGGGCCGCGGAGGCGCCGGGACGCAGGGCAGCUGGAGACUCGAGGCGGCCGCGGACGGCGGGACAGGCUCGGGGGGCAGGGGCUCGAGCGCCUGCGACUCUCUGUUCGCGUGGAUUUGCAGGAGGACAGUCCGCAGGGGGCCGUUUGUAGACCCCGCGCGGGAUCAUUACCGUACCAUGACACGGCUUUAUUCGUCCAUGAGCCCGGCUACGGAUUCGGUGAACCUCAGUACACAAACCCACGGAGCUGUCUUCAACUUGGAGUACUCGCCAGACGGGUCAGUUUUGACGGUUGCUUGUGAGCAGACAGAAGUGCUUUUGUUUGACCCCGUUUCUUCCAGACAUAUCAAAACACUGGUGGAGGCUCAUGAGGACUGUGUAAACAACAUAAGGUUUCUCGACAACCGGCUGUUUGCGACCUGCUCUGAUGACACCACCAUUGCAUUGUGGGAUUUGCGUAAACUCAACUCGAAGGUGUGCUCAUUGCAUGGCCACGCUAGCUGGGUCAAGAACAUAGAGUAUGAUACACACACUCGCCUGCUGGUGACGUCAGGAUUUGACGGAAAUGUCAUCACAUGGGAUACCAACAGGUUCACAGAGGAUGGCUGUCCACACAAGAAGUUUUUCCACACACGCUAUCUCAUGCGGAUGCGUCUGACUCCAGACUGCAGUAAGAUGUUAAUCUCCACCUCCUCUGGUUACCUGCUCAUCUUACAUGACCUUGAUCUCACCCAGAGCCUUGAGGUUGGCAGCUACCGCAUCCUACGGGCCCGCAGAGCUCCACUCAGCACAGGUUCAUCAGCAGGUUCUAGGUCAGGAGGUUCCUGUCACACCAUUGACAGCAAAACCCAUCCACACAGAGAGGGUCUGUCACCCAGAAACAGUCUUGAGGUUUUAACCCCGGAGAUCCCAGGCGAGAGGGACCGUGGGAACUGCAUCACCUCCUUGCAACUGCAUCCCAAAGGCUGGGCCACGUUGUUACGCUGCUCCAGCAACAUGGACGACCAGGAGUGGACGUGUGUGUACGAGUUUCAAGAGGGAGCUCCGCCUCGACCUCCGGUGUCUCCUCGCUGCUCUCUGCGUCUCACGCACUACAUCGAGGAGGCUAACGUCGGACGAGGCUACAUUAAGGAGCUGUGCUUCAGUCCCGACGGCCGGCUCAUCUGCUCGCCGUACGGUUACGGCGUGCGCUUGCUGGCGUUCGACGAGCACUGUGCCGAGCUGUCGGACUGCAUGCCUGUGCGGACGGCUCUGCUGCGGGAGAUUCGCUCCAUCUACUCUCACAGCGACGUGGUGCUCACCUCCAAGUUCUCACCCACUCACUGUCAGUUCGCAUCGGGCUGCCUUAGCGGACGUGUAGCUCUGUAUCAACCACACUUUUAACACAUACAAAUGCAUUCGAAUUUACACUGAUCGCUGGACUAUUUGGAAGAAGCUUCUGAUUGGUCAGACGGAUAAUGGGAGAACGAAACUACCUUAAACAGAGUGUGUGGUAUUUUUUUUUUUGUUGGUGUGUGUGAGGUCACACUGCAUGUGAAUGACCUUCUACAUGUUUGUCAUUUUUAGAUGUAAUUGUUCUUUCCGCUGUGUAAACUUAACAGUCCGUGCGAGAAGGAAAGCAAACCGCAUUAGUUUUUCUCCAUGAUAGAGGUUGAAUGAGUCACACGAGCGUUAGAGGAUUAUGGGAGAAUUAUCUUUUGGUUGCUCAUCCAUGCAGCACUGCAGUAACCGCUCAAGCCAAUCAUUUUCAUGCAACUGUAAGCAGUUCAAGCCGAUGGCAAUUUUUGCAUUUUGCCAAACAUUUUAGACUUUGCAAUGCCAUAUUAGUUUUCAGAAAAA